GGCCGGCUGUGUACUUGGCAAUGGAGAGAGGGGCUGAGCACCCCAAAAGGACCCGACACUGCUCCCAACCAGCUUCGGGCCCUUCCAGCCGCGAACAGGAACGCAGAAGCCCCACACUGCCUCUCCCCUGCCCUCGCUGGACGCUGUCCCUGCCCUUGGCCUUGGGGUUGCUCAGCUGUGCAUCGUCCCCCUUGUAGAGACUUGGUGAUGGGGAAGCCCGAAAGCCCAAUGGGGAUGAUGGAGAUUGCCGGCCCCUCGGGGCAGAAGCGCCCAGGCUUCCUGGAGGGGGUGCUGCUGCUCCUGCUGCUCCUGGUGACGGGCGCCCUGGUGACCCUGGGCGUCCUCUAUGCCCACAGCAGAGCCAUCAAGGAGCCGGUGAAGGACGAAAUCUGUACCACCCCAGGCUGUGUGAUAGCAGCCGCCAGGAUCCUCCAGAACAUGGACCUGUCCCAGGAACCCUGUGACGACUUCUACCAGUACGCAUGCGGAGGCUGGCUGUGGCGCCACGUGAUCCCUGAGACCAACUCCCGGUACAGCGUCUUUGACAUCCUGCGGGACAAGCUGGAGGUCAUCCUCAAAGGGGUGCUGGAGAAUUCCGCCAGCAAGGACCGGCCGGCCGUGCAGAAGGCAAAGAUGCUGUACCGCUCCUGCAUGAAUGAGGGUGUGAUAGAGAAACGAGACUCUCAGCCGCUGCUGCGUAUCUUAGAGGAGGUGGGAGGCUGGCCGGUGGCCAUGGACGCGUGGAACGACACUGUAGGCCCCAGCUGGGCGCUGGAGGAGCAGCUGGCUGUGAUGAACACGCAGUUCAACAGGCGUGUUCUCAUCGAUCUCUUCAUCUGGAACGACGACCAGAACUCCAGCCGGCACAUCAUCUACAUAGACCAGCCCACCUUGGGCAUGCCGUCCCGAGAGUACUAUUUCAACAAGGGCAGCAACCAGAAGGUGCGGGACGCCUACCUGCAGUUAAUGGUGUCGGUGGCCACGAUGCUGCGGGCGGACAUGAAUCUCUCUGAGAACAGCUACCUGGUGUGGGAGGACAUGGCACAGGUGCUGAACCUGGAGAUGCAGCUGGCGAAUGCCACGGUCCCCCAGGAGGAGAGGCACGACGUCACCACCCUGUACCACAGGAUGGAGGUGGCCGAGCUCCAGAAUAAGUUUCACCUGAAGGGAUUUAACUGGACACUCUUCAUACAAUCCGUGCUAUCUUCUGUCAAAAUCGAGCUGCUGCCAGAUGAAGAAGUGGUGGUCUACGGCAUCCCCUACCUCCAGAAUCUUGAAGAGAUCAUCGAUAUCUACUCAGCCAGGACCAUGCAGAACUACCUGGUCUGGCGCCUGGUGCUGGAUCGCAUCAGCAGCCUGAGCCAGCGGUUCAAGGACGCACGCGCCAACUAUCGCAAGGCGCUGUACGGCACCACCGUGGAGGAGGUACGCUGGCGGGAGUGUGUCAGCUAUGUCAAUAGCAACAUGGAGAGCGCCGUGGGAUCCCUGUACGUCAAGGAGGCCUUCCCCAGAGAAAGCAAGAAUGUGGUCAGAGAGCUCAUUGACAAGGUGCGGGCAGUGUUUGUGGAGACCCUGGACGAGCUGAGCUGGAUGGACAUGGCAUCCAAGAAGAAGGCCCAGGAGAAGGCCAUGAGCAUCCGGGAGCAGAUUGGGUACCCUGACUAUAUCUUGGAGGAGAGGAACAAGCAUCUGGAUGAGGAAUAUUCCAAUCUGAACUUCUCGGAGGACCUGUACUUUGAGAAUGGCCUGCAGAACCUCAAGGCUGGUGCCCAGCGGAGCCUCAAGAAACUGCGGGAAAAGGUGGACCAGAACCUCUGGAUCAUUGGGGCCGCCGUGGUCAACGCAUUCUACUCCCCAAACCGGAACCAGAUUGUGUUUCCCGCCGGGAUCCUGCAGCCCCCGUUCUUCAGCAAGGAGCAGCCCCAGGCCCUGAACUUUGGGGGCAUCGGGAUGGUGAUUGGGCACGAGAUCACCCACGGCUUUGACGACAAUGGCCGGAAUUUCGACAAGGAUGGUAACAUGCUGGACUGGUGGAGUAACUUCUCUGCCCAGCACUUCCGGAAGCAGUCGGAGUGCAUGGUCUACCAGUACGCGAACUACUCCUGGGACCUGGCUGAGGGGCAAAAUGUGAACGGGUUCAGCACUCUUGGGGAGAACAUCGCUGACAAUGGAGGGGUGCGGCAGGCGUACAAGGCUUACCGAAAGUGGGUGGCAGACGGUGGCAAGAAUCAGCAGCUGCCAGGACUAAAGAUGACCUACGACCAGCUGUUCUUCAUCAACUAUGCCCAGGUUUGGUGCGGAUCUUAUCGGCCCGAGUUCGCAGUCCAGUCCAUCAAGACUGACGUUCACAGUCCCCUGAAGUACAGGGUGCUGGGCUCGCUGCAGAAUUUAGCCGCCUUCGCGAAAGCAUUCCACUGCGCCCGGGGCACCCCCAUGCACCCACAGGUGCGAUGCCGCGUCUGGUAGCCUACGCUGAGCCGCGCUGUGCGGCCCACAACCACCCGCCGCCCUAGGCUUCCGGGGUGACAGUGCAGCCAGUGGGGACCUGCGCCAGAUCCGCGCCACGCCCAGCUUCCACAACCAGCCUGAAUGCAGCCCCGGGGCACCCAGGGGUGAGUGGAACCCCCUCCACGUCGGUUCGCGAGGGUCCACGCCACCCCGUCGAAGCCCUGUAGACACGUUUAACUGUCAUCUGCCCCCUCCAAAGUGCAUCUUUGUCAGCUGUCCAUGAGCUUCCGACUUGAGCUAAGUAAACACUGCAAAGAAGUCCGCUGCCUUGUCUGUCCAGCAGGUGGGGCAGGCGUCCCGUGGCAGGGCCCAGAACCUAAGCACCAUCUGUCCACCCACUGCAUCUGGUUCUGCCCCUCACAACUGCUGGCCUUGGGCAAAACGGGCGGCCAAGUGGGGAAACUGCAGGGCCCUUCUGGGGAAGGAGGGGCAUUCCUGACAUGCACGCACGUCCCCCCAGGGUCUCUGUGCUGCGGGCACAGCAGUGACUAAAGAUGCCCCCAAAUGCCCGCCCUCCAGGACCACGCAUUCAGGUGUGGGGAGGGGCUACUGACAGGAAGUGGCUGAGGUCAGAGAUGGCGGGAGGGGACCCAGGGCCAGAGCACAGAAUCUGGAUUUGGGGUUUUAUGGAAUUGGAAGCCAGUGGAGUGGUUAAACCACAAGGGGCCAUUGUCACCUGCCCUGGGCCUUUAAAUGACCACUGAGGAGGACUGGAUCCAGGAGGGAGGUGGAGGUAAGCAGGACAGCCAGCUAAGAGGCCACUGUGGUCCUCGAGGCACAGAGCAGAGGGGUACAAGGGAGGUCCUGAGAAGGUCAUCUGAACCCACUCAGACCAGAGAGCGCCCGAGAGGAGGUGCGGGCAGCAGUUCGGCUUUGGACCAGUUGGUUCCAGGGCUUGUUGCACCCCUAAGGAAAGGUGUGUGUGGGGGGCUGGAUGUACCAGCCAAGACGACCCCGCCCCCAACCUCCCUUCCUAGCAGGGAGCAAAUCACGAUUCUCACACCAGUGAAGGUCGUUGGGGCACACCAGCCCUUCCCCUCAAAGUCUCUGCGUUUCCUCCCAAUUCCAGUGGUGCAAUGGAGACCACUUCCUCCCUGAAAACCCAUUUA